CGAACAGAUUACUCUGAGGAUAAAAAUCUGCCUGAGGAUUUUGCUUGCAGGCGUUCAUGGAGGUUUCUGCUCAAUUUUCGGCCGUUGCUUCCCGCCCUUCUUUGUCUCUGCUGGUACCUAAAUUCCCUCGCCGUGGCUACGGAUUCUCGACGAGCUUCGCGUGCUCGGCUCAGUUCUCGUCGUUUUGCUGCGGGAAUUCUUUCACUAGAGAGGUAUGGCGAUCGGUGAAUUACAAGAGUGGUGUUGUUCAAGUAAGGGAAAUGCGAGGCGUGGUGAGAGCUGAAAUGUUUGGGCAAUUGACUAGUGGACUGGAAGCUGCUUGGAGCAAGCUCAAGGGAGAAGAGGUCUUGACUAAGGAAAACAUCGUGGAGCCUAUGAGAGACAUCAGAAGAGCUCUCUUAGAAGCUGAUGUUAGUCUUCCUGUCGUCAGGAGAUUCGUUCAGGCAGUAAGCGAUCAAGCAGUUGGCACUGGAGUGAUCCGAGGGGUUAGGCCAGACCAGCAAUUAGUUAAGAUUGUGCAUGACGAGCUUGUGAAACUAAUGGGAGGAGAAGUUUCUGAAUUGGUGUAUGCAAAAUCUAAACCAACUGUGAUUUUGUUGGCUGGAUUGCAAGGUGUUGGAAAAACAACUGUCAGCGCAAAGCUGGCUUUAUAUUUAAAAAAACUGGGAAAGAAUUGUAUGCUAAUUGCUGGCGAUGUUUACAGACCAGCUGCCAUUGAUCAGUUGGUUAUUUUAGGUGAACAGGUCGGAGUACCUGUUUAUGCAGCAGGAACUGAUAUUAAACCCGCUGAAAUAGCAAAGCAAGGUUUAGCAGAGGCCAGGAAAAAUAAUGUAGAUGUGGUAAUAAUGGAUACUGCAGGAAGGCUCCAGAUAGAUAAAACAAUGAUGGAUGAGCUGAAGGAUGUCAAAAGAGUACUAAAUCCCACAGAAGUUUUGCUAGUUGUGGAUGCCAUGACUGGCCAGGAAGCUGCUGCCUUGGUCACAACAUUCAAUGUUGAAAUUGGAAUUACGGGUGCCAUUUUAACAAAGCUAGACGGGGAUUCUAGAGGUGGUGCUGCCUUGAGUGUGAAAGAGGUGUCAGGGAAGCCAAUAAAGCUUGUAGGAAGAGGGGAGCGUAUGGAGGACCUUGAACCUUUCUAUCCAGAUCGAAUGGCGGGUCGUAUUUUAGGAAUGGGCGAUGUUCUAUCUUUCGUGGAGAAAGCCCAAGAAGUUAUGCGCCAAGAGGACGCAGAAGAACUGCAGAAGAAAAUCAUGAGCGCAAAAUUUGAUUUCAAUGACUUCUUGAAGCAAACACGAGCCGUUGCACGGAUGGGUUCGAUGUCCCGUGUUAUUGGAAUGAUGCCUGGCAUGGGGAAGAUUACCCCUGCGCAAAUUCGAGAAGCAGAAAAGAACGUUGCAGUAAUGGAAUCUAUGAUCGAAGCAAUGACCCCAGAGGAACGGGAAAAGCCCGAACUGUUAGCAGAAUCGCCUGAAAGGAGGAAAAGAGUUGCUCAAGAUUCUGGGAAAACCGAGCAACAGGUGAGUCAAAUUGUUGCUCAACUUUUCCAAAUGCGCGUGCGUAUGAAAAACUUAAUGGGCGUAAUGGAAGGCGGAUCACUUCCCUCAAUGAGCAAUCUCCAGGAGGCCCUAAAGGAAGAACUAAAGGCUCCCCCGGGCACUGCAAGAAGAAAGAGAAAAUCCGAGUCGAGGAAGCAGUUUGUAGAUUUGUCUCCAAGAACAAGCCCCCGAGGAUUUGGGGCAAAGAAUUGACCAGCUUCGACUAUCGUUUUAGUUGAUUGAGUUCCUACUGUUAAUGGUGGCGCGGCGGCCGGUUUUCGAUCGUCAGUCAGAGGGGCCGGAUAGUGAUUCAAUAAAGGUAUUUUGCAUUUAUGAA